GAGUAAGGGGCGGUCCUCUUCCACCUGUUGAGUGAGAGCUGCGUCCAUAGUUUCAGGAGGAAGGUUCUGGCUGCUGUUAGGAGGAUCCUCACCCCGAACCUCUAAGAUGUCGGGUACAGCAAGACAUGACCGAGAGAUGUCUAUGCAGGCCAAGAAGAACCUGUCUACUUGCACUGAUCCAUUGGAAAAACUUAGAUUACAAUGUCUGACCAGGGGCUCUGCUGGCAUCAAGGGAUUAGGAAGAGUAUUUAAGAUCAUGGAUGACGAUAACAGCAGGUGCCUGGAUUUCAAAGAGUUUUUGAAGGGCCUGAAUGACUAUGGAGUGAUGAUAGACAAAGCGGAAGCUCAAAAUCUUUUCGGUCUAUUUGACAAAGAUGGAAGCGGAACAAUAGACUUUGAUGAAUUCCUGGUCACUUUAAGGCCGGCAAUGUCCAAUGCAAGGAAAGAGAUCAUCAUGCAGGCGUUUAGGAAGCUCGACAAAACCGGAGAUGGCAUCGUGACUAUUGAGGAUCUACGGGGGGUGUAUAAUGCAAAAUACCAUCCGAAAUACCAGAACGGGGAGUGGACAGAGGAUCAGGUCUUCAGGACCUUUCUAGAUAAUUUUGACUCUCCAUAUGAGAAAGAUGGGCAGGUUACAAAAGAUGAAUUUUUAAACUAUUAUUCUGGAGUCAGCGCCUCAGUUGACAGCGACGUCUACUUUAUAUUGAUGAUGAAGAAUGCCUGGAAAUUGUGAUAUACAUAAAUAUAUUUUUAUACUUUGUUUUAAUUGCAAGAGACUUUAUGCAAGACCAUGAGUUGGUUGAACUUCUGUCCCUCAUCAGUCCAUUUUUUUUUUUUACAAAUCAUUUUUAUGGAUUUAAGAAUGGAAAUAUGUAACUGAAUUUAUACGUCACAUGCUAGAUCUGGACAGGGCUGGGAAAUUCAAUGACUGUUCUAAUGUAUUUGUGUGUAUCUUGAUUAGGAAAAAGUACUUAUUUAGGUGCCCUAUGUGAAUGUUUUGGGUCUAAACCCUGUGUAAGCUCCAUGUGAGAGGGUAUUAAGGGUUAAUGAUGUUUCGCCUCCUUCAUGUGACAGUAUUUGGGCCUGCUAAUUGGCUGGUCAAGCACUGCAAACUGAGAGGAAGGUGAGAAGGUCACAUGAUUGCUCAUACCUGGGAAUACUAAAUUAGCAAAGUGACAGACAGAACUCCAGAAAAUAUAAUGUACGAUCCUUUAUUCCAAUUAUGUAUUUCCUAAAAAAAUAAUAGUAAUAAAAAAUUCUAAUACCAAUCUAAUAAGGUUAAAAAAGAUGAAGCGCUACCUUAAAGGGGUUGUAAAGUUCAUUUUUAUUUUUAUUUUUUAAAGCGG